AUGAGUGAAGAAAUCAAAGAUAAUGAAGAUAUUCACUCCGACAAACCUAAUCAAGACGGCGAUGAAGAUGACAAUCAAAAAGUAUCUCUGAAUGAUCCUGACGAAGAGAAUGAACCAUCUCUUGCGACACCCAACGGGCAUGAAACACCGUCGUUAGCAUCUUUCUCGGAUGUAAUUGUCGAAAAACAAGAUGAGUCACCAGUCAUCGUAGAAGAAAGUCAUCAUCAAAAUCUCCUAGAAAUUAUCGCCGAUAAAUCAAAUAAAGAUGCAAGUUCAACUAUAUUGAACACGCUCGUAGACGGUGAUUUCGAUGUAGAUAAGAAUUAUAUUAUUCAAAAGCCACAAAAUCUUUACGAACUAUUUUCUAUUUUCAAUCAAAUGUCUCCAUCGUUACAAGCUGAAAUUCUUAGUGUUUUGAUUGGUAUUAUGCGAAAGAGCGAACGGAAUUUAUUAGCUUGUAUCGAUGCUAAAAUUUACAAGAAAGUGUUCGAAUUAUUGGACGAUAUUGAAAAUGACGUUGUGGCGAAUUUGUUGGUGGAUAUCUUGACUGUGUUAACAUCGUUGACGAUUAAUGUUAAUGAACUGAAGCUUCUUUUACGGUAUUUGAAAACUGAGAACAAUACUUGGAAAAAGCACGCUGUGAAAUUGUUAAAUAUCUUCAAACACCUUCCAUAUCGACAUGGACCCGAUGAAUUUUUUAACUUUCCUGGUCGGAAUGGCUCCGGUUUGGUUUUACCACCGAUCAAAACAUGGCCGUAUCAAAAUGGUUUUACUAUCACAACAUGGUUUCGAAUCGAUCCGGUUGCUAAUGGUGUGAUGGAAAAGGAAAAACCUUAUCUGUAUUGGUUUUGUACAUCAAAAGGACAUGGUUACACUGCACAUUUUGUUGGUAAUUGCUUGGUCAUAUCCUAUUCGAAGUUGAAAGAGAAGAAUUUUCAACAUUGCAUCCAAUACGAAUUCAAACCACGUGAAUGGUAUAUGAUAACACUGGCACAUCAAUAUCAACGUUGGGGUAAAAGUAGUGUUCAGUGUCAUAUCAAUGGUCAACAAGUGUCCGUGGCUUAUUUUCCAUGGAGUAUUGAAAGUGGCGAUGUAUUCGAUAAAUGUUAUGUUGGUUGUACGCCUGAUCGAAAUGACUUAACAAGUUUUUCCGGACAAUUGUCAACGUUCUAUCUGUUCAGUCUAUACUUGGAACCAAUGAUUGUUCAGGGUCUUUUCAAAUUAGGACCCGCAUAUAAAAAUUUGUUUAAAUUUGAAAACGAAAGUGCACAUAUUUUGACCGAAGCACAACGUAAAGCGAUGUACGAUGGGAAGCUGAUGAGUUCAAUCGUAUUUAGUUACAAUCCAACUGCAUGCGAAGAGAAACUUGUUUUUCAAGCUGGUCCGAAAAGCAAUGUUUCUCAUUUUGUUCAUAAUGCUCAUGCACAAAUGUUAAGCCAUGUUCGAUCUGUUGUGACUCAUUCCAUUUAUUCAACAUUUCAUUCCAUUGGCGGUGUCCAAGUCAUUUUUCCGCUGUUUGAUCAACUGGAUGAUCAACAAAUGAAUGGUUCGAUUAAUUACAAUAUUUGUUCAGUUUUAAUUCUCACUCUUUGCGAAUUAAUUGAACGUUCAUAUACGAUUCAACAUCAAAUGCUUAGUUCAAAAGGCUUUCUCACCAUUGGUUAUUAUCUAGAAAAGUCAUCGAAAGAACAUAUCAACAUGGAAGUACUGAAUGCUUUAAUAUCUUUAACAACAUUCUUCUUGAAAAUUCAUAGUAAAAACAGUCCAUUGUUGUUGAAACAACUGUUUGUGCAUAUCUUUUUUAAUCCGUCCAUUUGGAUAUACUGCUCCGUUGACGUACAAAUGCGCUUGUAUACUUAUUUAGCAACUGAAUUCGUCACUUACAAUGAAAUCUAUCAUUCCAUUCAGCCAAUAAGUGGAAUCAUUCAAACAUUGCAUACACUAAAAUAUUUCUACUGGAUUGUCAAUCCAAGCAGCUAUCAGGCAAAAGCCGUCGACGAUAAUCGACCGACACGCGAACAAAUCGUCGAAUUGAGAAGUUACAUGCUUUUAUACAUGAAGCAGUUAGUUAUCAGCAGUCCGGGUACACAAGAAGAAGAACUUCAUGCUAUUCUUAACUAUCUUCAUACUGUACAUGAAGAUGAAAAUUUAAUCGAUGUCUUAGACAUGGCUGUUAAUUUGAUGUCAGAACAUCCGAAAACAAUGGUACCUGCGUUUGAUCGUCGACAAGGUUUAAGAACGGUUUUCAAGUUGAUUGGGAAUAAUAGUGAAGCAACACGUUUACAAGCUUUAAAAUUGUUUGGAUUCUUCCUUCAACGCAGUACAGUCAAACGAAAAACAGAGGCUAUGCAACCGUAUAAUCUAUUUUCAAUACUAGCUGAUCGUUUAUUGUUGAAUCCGAAUGGUUUUACCAUGUCAACGUACAACAUUCUAUUCGAAAUACUAGUCGAGAGAGUCAGCGGACCUAUUGUUGAAAAACGAUCUGCAGAGAUCACUGGCGAGUGGAAAAUUGAAAAUCCAGCGAUGAUCAAAGUGAUUGCAACGUUACUUCGAAAUUCACCGGAUAAUAUUCAUUUAUACGAUAUAAAAUCUCGUUUUCUCGACGAUAUGAUUUUGCUAUCGUCGUCAAGUCGAGAAAAUCGAAGAAUCAUUCUACAAAUGUCUGUUUGGCAAGAAUAUCUCAUUGGUUUGGCUUAUAUUUAUCCAUCCAAUGAUCGGCAAACGGAAGUGACUGAACGUGUUUUUGAAUUACUGAAAAUUCUAUUACAUCAUGCAAUCAAACUUGAGUUCGGCGGAUGGAGAGUGUGGAUUGACACGCUUUCAAUUUUACAUGGACGAGUAACCAAAGAAGACUACUAUCGAAAGGUUAACAAAAUGGUAGAGAAUAUGAAAAAUGAUGAUGAAAAUGAAGCAAAAACGCCAACAGGAAGUGGACCGGAAACGCCGAUUGACGGACAUCCAGUUUUCACACCAACUAAAUCUAUUUCUAAUCGUCAAUUGUUCAACAAAAGCAAUCAAUUACCACCAUUCUCUAUUUCGGAAUUCAAAUAUUCUCCAUUGCACAUUCGUCUGUUGCAUAGUGUUUUCGAUUCCAUUGAAUUCGAUGUUCGUGCAUGGCGAGUAGAUACAACAAAACCAAUUACUGAUGCAAUCAAUAAUGCAGAUAAUCAAGUAUUUUGUGUUAAUGUCAUUCAUAUCAUUUCACAAAUGGCAGAUGUUUUAUGCAAUGCAUGUGGCGGUCUUUUACCAUUGUUAGCCAGUGCAACAUCAGCUUCACAUGAUGUCGAAGUAUUGGAAAAUACUGAAGGCUUGACACCAGUGAAUGCAUUGAAAAUCUUGAAACGUGUGAUGAGCUUGAUGGAUUUAUUUAUUCUUACGAAUACAUCAAGCUUGGUAGAAAUCGAACAAGAUAAAAAUAUGCCGAACGGAGGAAUUCUACGACAAUGUUUACGUUUAACCAUGACUACAGCUGUCCGUCAGUGUGUCGAAGGUCGGUUCCAACGAUUUGAUUCAUCAGCGGCAGCAAAACCGGCAACUGCACAAGCAAAGACUUCGAUGAAAGAUCCGAUUGAAUCCAUACUUGAAUUAACCUAUCUGAUGAAUACAUCACAAGAAACAGAUGAAAAUGAGACUAUGGAAAACCUCUUGAGUUCGUUUAUAAAAACUCCUGGUUCUGUUUUACAGGAUAUUGAUAUUCACCGUUUACGUGCGAUUAUCUACCGUGAUGUGGAUGACUCGAAACAAACACAAUUUCUGGCUUUGGCUAUUGUUUACUAUGCAUCAGUAUUAAUGGUAUCACGAUAUCGGGAUAUUAUCGAAUCAAAUCAGAGUUCGUUAUCAAGAACAACAUCGAUUAUGAGUACGGCUAGCAGCCUUCGUAACGGUUCAACUAAUGAUGGAAAUAUCGAUACAGCAAGUAUCAAUGGUUUGAGUUCAAUUGUAGCACCGAUCACAAAGAAUCAAAAAACAUCAAAUUCAUCAAUCAAAUCCGAUGAACGAGCAGAUGUAGACAACGAAACGGACGAUACGGAUUCGCAAUCAGUCGGUCAAACAUCAAUAGAUUUAAAUGGCUCAAAUUCAGCUACUACCCCAUACACAAGUAUUGCCAGCAUUCCAAUAAAUGAUCCCGCAACGCUUGAACAAAGUCAAAUAUCAGAAGCAAAACUUCCGGACUACCCUAAAACAACGUUUAAUACCAAUGAACCGUCGGCGAUGAAUAUUACUGAGAAAUUAGAACGAACCCUUUCGAAUGUUGCACCAUUCCUUCGAGAUUUAUUUGCAGAAUUUUCCCAUAUUCUUUCCAAAACAUUAGUUGGUUCACAUGGACAGGAACUGAUACCGAAUGGUUUACAUGCUUUGAAACAGAGCGCGUCAGUUGUCGAACUGGUCAUGCUUUUAUGUUCACAAGAAUGGCAAAACUCACUUCAAAAACAUGCUGGCUUAGCCUUUAUCGAACUCGUCAAUGAAGGCCGUCUACUUGCACACGCAAGUAAAGAUCAUGUAGUGAAAGUAGCGAACGAAGCUGAUUUUAUUCUUAAUCGUAUGCGUGCGGAUGAUGUCCGAAAAGCGAGUGACUUCGACCAACAAUGCAGUCAAGGUACAUCUGAACGUCAACGAGAAGAAGAAUUGUCUGAUCAUUUUAUAACAUCAUCCCGUCAACGGUAUAAUUCGACAGCGUUACACUUGAAGGAUAAAUUUUUCGCCCAAAUGAUGAAUGAUAAAGAUCACUAUUUGAACAAUUCAUGUUUAUUUUGGAAAUUGGAUCCAUGGGAAGAUGAUUUAAGACGACGACGGCGUUUAGUUCGAAAUCCUAUUGGUACUUCUCAUAGCGAAGCAACAGAAAAUGUUUCAUCGAAUGAAACAGCUGAUGAUGUGAUGGCAACUGUCCGCAAUGAAGAACAUCUGUUAAAACAAUUGAAACAACAGAAAACACAGAACUUCACUCCGAAUAUUAAUGAAGAAGAAGAUUUAUCACAGAUCGAUGAAAAAGAUCAUGAGCUUGACUUCUCAGGUCCAAUCUGCUAUUCGAUUGAAUGUUCGCUUAUUUCUGGAACGAAUGCUAUACGCGGAGUCUUAGCUAUUACGCAUCGUGCCAUGCUAUUCAAUGCCAGCGAAGACGACGAAAGUUUUCGAAAUUUGGAUCCUAAAAUACUCCCGUUCAUUGAUAAUCUAUAUGGUAAAUGGCAUUUCCAUGAGAUACGCGCGAUCUUUUCCCGAAAAUAUCUUCUACAAGAUAGAGCGUUGGAAAUAUUUGUUUCGAACCGAACAAGCAUAAUGUUUGCUUUCGCUGAUCGAACUAUCGUUAAAAAAGUCGUUAACUGCUUACCACGUGUGGGCGUCGGAGGCCGUUACGGAUUACCACAACAACGACGAACGUCAUUAGCAUCGGCAAAACAAUUAUUUCGUUCUGCGAAUAUGACACAACGUUGGCAACGGCGAGAAAUUUCCAAUUUCGAAUAUCUUAUGUAUUUGAAUACGAUUUCGGGUCGAAGUUAUCAAGAUUUAGAUCAAUAUCCGAUAUUUCCAUGGAUCAUAGGAGACUAUGACAGUGAGAAACUCGAUUUAAAUAGUGCAUCUACUUAUCGAGACCUGUCCAAACCCAUCGGUGCAUUGAAUCCAACACGAAAAGCAUUCUUUGUCGAACGUUAUAAUACUUGGGAAUCGGAUUCAGUCCCAGCAUUCCAUUACGGAUCGCAUUAUUCUACGGCAUCAUCAACACUUAAUUGGCUUAUUCGACUUGAGCCAUUCACAUCGUAUUAUUUGAAUAUGCAUGAAAAUAAAUUUGAGUCACCUAAUCGAACGUUCUAUUCCGUCUCUGAUGCUUGGCAAAACUGUCAACGUGAUUCGUCCGAUGUCAAGGAGUUGAUUCCAGAGUUUUACUCAGUGCCAGAAUUCUUGACUAAUUUCAAUAAUUAUCAAUUUGGUCAAACAUCAGAUGAUCAUACUAUCGAUGAUGUUACUCUGCCAAAAUGGGCUCAAACACCGGAAGAUUUCGUUCGAAUGAAUCGAGCGGCUUUGGAAUCCGAAUUUGUCUCAUCACAUCUGCAUCAAUGGAUUGAUUUAAUCUUUGGUUACAAGCAGAAAGGACCCGAAGCUAUUCGAGCUGUCAAUGUUUUCUAUCAUUUAUCAUACGAAGGUGCGAUCAAUUUCGAUCUUAUGACCAAUCCAGUUGAUCGUGCAACAAUUGAGCGGCAAAUCAAAAUGUUCGGUCAAGUUCCAUCACAACUUCUUAGCGAACCACAUCCACCACGAAACUCAGUUGUACCAACCACUCCAUCAGCCUUCAACACUACAACGGAAGACGUUUCGAUGAUUAUGAAAUUUUCGUCAAACGCACCAAUUAUACACGUUGCUGCCAAUACCAAUUCAACGCUAGCCACUCAAGCUGUAGUAACCAUUAGUAACAAGCAUGAUUUUUCAAUUAACAAAUAUAAUGCCAAUACUGGCCCGUCGGCAUCAUCGACUUAUACAGAAACAGCUCAAACUGCGAAUACUCAACAACCACAAUUACCCUUGAGCAUGGAUUCACUCUUAGUAUUAAAUACUGGAUUACAUCGUCGUCAUCUGGGUGAUGCAUUCGAUGAACGUAUUCAACAACGUCAUCAGAGCUUUGUCAUUACUGCUGACAAUCGGUUUAUCAUUUCAACGGGCUAUUGGGAUAAGAGUUUCCGCGUACAGAAUACCGACAUGGCCAAGACGAUACAAGUUCUGUACGGUCAUUUCGAUGUGGUCACAUGCGUAUGUCGUUCGGAAGUUACCGCUAGUGGAAACUGUUUCAUUGCAACUGGAUCACGAGAUGCAACAGUUUGCAUUUGGGUCUGGAACGGAUCAAAAGGAGCCAUCGUUGACAAAGAAUUUCCCAAUCAAGAUAUUAACCCGUCGCCAUCAGCGAUUCUGACAGGUCACGAUAGUGAUAUAACAUGUCUAUGGAUUUCAGCUGAACUUGGUAUGGUUCUAAGUGGCAGCGAACAUAGUUUCGUUCUUCAGCAUACCCUCAAUGGUGACAUUUUACGAGCUUUCGAGAAUCCAUGUGACAUGUCUACUCCACGUUUAUUAUCACCAUCCAAUGAUGGUGAUAUUAUCGUUUGUUACAAUCGAUCAAAUCUGUGUUUAUACACAUUAAAUGGAAAAUUAAUGCGACAAGCUAUUUUUGAAGAUGAAACUAUUCAAAGUUUUGUAUUGAAUGCCGAUAGCCAAUACACAGUUAUUGGAGGUGAUCGUGGCUUCGUUCAAAUCCUUCGAACACACGAUUUACAACCGGUUUAUACAUAUCCGCAAUGUGAUGCUAGUAUUCGUUCAUUAGCCAUAACUCACGAUCAAAAAUACAUCAUGGCUGGUCUGUCGACAGGUUGUUUAAUUGUUUUCAAUGUUAACUUCAAUACUCUUAAUCAAUCACGUCGCGAACCAGCAACUAUAGUUCCUAGUUCUGUUUCAUGA